UUCUGGCCGUUUAUUUUGACCUGCUUUCGUUGAUUUGCGCUAUGGUUGAAGGAAUCACCGCCGUUAUCACCAUCAUUAAGAAGAAGAAGAAGAAAGAAGAGCACGAUGGCGGCUGGCUAUGAGAAGUUUGCGAGACCCGAGUCACGGGCACAUGUAAAAGAACGCGCCCAGUCAAGACUACCGCUGGAUCCCGGGUACUUCGCAGCCUGCAACGCCAGUGGCGAUUGCUCUGUCGACGGCGCCAGACCCCGGUCUUGGCGCCAGUACGUCGUGUUCGUCUCGGCCGUGGCGCUGUCCACGCUGGCUCUGACGUUCGCGGUGCCUCAGUUGGUGCGUCGCCUGGCCAUGGGCUGUGCGUACCCCGACUGCCAGGACCCGGGCGCGGACAUCGCCCGCUCACUGAAGCAAGUGCACGUGGAUCCGUGCCAGGACUUCUACGGCUACGUGUGCGCUGGAUGGCUGCAGGAGAACCCGGAUGCAGAAAACCACUUCGAGAGUCUGCAGCGUCGCGUGGCCCUCGCCGCUGUCGUCAGCCUCGUCCUGGAAGAGAGCGAUGGGCCGAGUCCAGCGCAUCGAGUGGCCCGCCUCUUUCAGCGCUGCGCUCAGGGCGCCUUCAACGAGCAGGACCGCCUGGACGAACUUCGUCAGUUCAUGGCGCGCUUCGACCUGGCGUGGCCAGUGUCAAAGCCCAGAACAAAGGAGAAGGUACUCGACCUUCUGGUCGCCUUCUCCCUGGACUGGGGUCUGCCGGUACUGUUCCAGCUUACCGUGGAUGCGCAUUUUCGGCGGCCAGGCUACCGUGCCCUCCACCUAGGCUCAAGUCCGUACGUUACCGAAUGGGUCGUUGUCCGAGACAGGCUGCAGGCGCAAGGAACGCUGCUCGCAUACUUCGACAAGGCCUCCGACCUCCUCUCUGGCGCCCCCGCCGAUAGAGGCACAGUCCAAAAUAUCCUCGCGGUGGACAACCGUGUCCUCUCGGCCAUGGUGUCCUCGACGUUUGAAAUCCGCACGGACACGGAUAUGCGGUACAUUUUGCUAAGUCAGCUUGACGAUGUGACUGGACCCGAACUUAACACAAGUGAAUGGCUAGAGGCAGUAAACGCGCACUUGCCCGACCCUCUGGCACCGAGCAGCGAGAUGUUCGUGAUGAACUGGCAGCUACUCGUGCUAGUGGGCCAGCUCAUGGGCCAGGCCAGCCUGGACGUGGUACCACUGCUUGCCUACAUCACGUGGCACGUGGUUCGCGCCCUGGCGCCCAUGACGUCACAUCAACUCGUUCGGGCGCAGUUCGGCGGCAGCCGCAUGGCGUCCACCAUCUACAUGCUAGGCCGCUGCUACGCGGACGCCGACGCGGCGCUGCCGUACGCCUUCGCGCACGUAUUCGCACGCCGCUGGCUGCCACGUGACGCAGUGAGCGACGUGGCCGCCAUGGAAGAGGGCAUCCGCCGCGAGGCCAACGCCACCAUGAACUCGCUCUCCUGGAUGGACGAGACGACGAAAGCCGUCGCGUUCGAGAAACUCUCCACCCUCCGCGCCAUCGUGGGCCGGCCGAAGAACCUCGCGUCCGACCAGGCCCUACAACUGAUGUACCCGUACCUGAAUGCGAUGGGCAGCGCAGGCUCGUACCUGACUCUGAUGAACUCCGUCAGGACGGCGCAGUUACGGCACGCAAAGCGCUUUCUGAGCGCCAACGGCUCGACGGAGGGCGAUGUCAGCGUGCCGCUGACCGUGGUCAACGCCUUCUACCUACCCGUUUACCACGUCAUGGUGAUCCCGGCGGCAAUCCUGCACCCACCUUUUUACGUGGCCGGCUACCCGAAGUCCUACAACCUGGGUAGCCUGGGCCACGUGCUCGGUCACGAGAUGACGCACGCUUUCGAUCCCGACACGGGACUGUACGACCGCAACGGCCAGCGCAGGGACUGGUGGACGGCCAGGUCGCGGGUGCAGUUUCAGAACCGGCGGGACUGCCUGCGACAGAUGUACAACACCAUGUCGUGGGCCGAAGGAAUCGCGCACGGAGACUACGCGCUCACCGAGAACUUCGCCGACUCGGGUGGUCUGCUCAAGGCGUACCGAGCGUACCGAGCGGUGAGAGCCGGCUCGCGACCAGCGGCUCCUGCGAGUCUGGCGGGCUUCACGGACGAGCAGCUGUUCUUUCUGAGCAGCUGCUUCAAGUGGUGCUCCAGGGAGGACAAGCAGGGCGCCGGAUCGUACUCGCCGCCGAGGCUGCGCUGUAAUGUCCCGCUUAUGAACAUGCGCGAGUUUGGGGAGGCGUUCGACUGCGCCUCGGGAACGACUAUGAGUCCCUCGACUCGCUGCGACUUUAUGUGAAGAGCGCCUGUAGUGCAUGCCUGUGUCAGCUGCAAAAAAACUUAUGAUGUCUGAAUGAAAUACUAUGAUAGAGCCACGGUUACGCCAUAUAUUUAGGACGCUAAAGUGAUUGUUUACGAUCAAUGAACCUUAAACCAGACGUGAGUAAACAACACUGAAAGCAAUUCUUGAUUGUUUCCUUUGGCGAGCAUUACAAGGUUUCCGUUCAUUACGGUAAAAUGUUGCUUAGUGGACAGCUCUUGUGCCUGUUUCGCAGCCUUGUAAUCGUACCUGCGGAGAUACUUAUGCUCAAUGUCCAUGGUAAGCCAUUGCCAUAUAGGCGCAGGCUUUGAUGUAUGAUCUUCGCAAAAAAAAAAGAUAUUUUCUUCUCUACGGUGCACAGGUUUUCAGCGUCUGCCAAAACAUUGCCCAUAUUAGAGCUGAGUGCUACACAUGCACUUUAGAGAAGUUAAGCGGUCUGCUACAAUGGCAUUAUUCAAAUAUUUCUGCUCAUGCAAGCGAGGUGUCCGAGUGAAACUGCUGACGUUUAUCGAAGUACCCAAGCGCUAUUGAACACAUUCGAUAAGAAUUUCACCCUUGUGCGUAGUCAUUGAGCAUUCAUUCUGCAGCUUGGCUGUGGUCAGAGUGCGAGCUGAAAACGGUCAACCAAAUUUGCACCAAUAUACCUUAUUCCACACGUGGCCAAUAAAGUUCGUAAGCUUGAAAUAGGUAGCCAGCGACGCUUUACGCAUAUUCUUAACCAUCAUGCACUAUUCCGCGGACGACCGAGACAGAUAGAUUAUCACGUGGUAUGACGAGAAUAAGCGGCGGCGUUAGAUACGUCAGCGCGUGCGGCACUUGACUUCACACCAUCCUGUUCCUGGAUGUGGUACGACCUCGUCCUGUUGCUUCGUUACACUUCGAAGACUACGGAAGAAAGAGCUGAAAAUCAGCGUCGCCGUCUCGCGCGUCGAAUACACCCCGGAAGGCAUCUGUACUGCGGAGGCGGACAGCACUGCUGACCGGCUCAAUACGCGCGUGACUCCUCCAGAUAUGGCGCGAUGGGGUCAUGUGUGUUGUAUGACGCUACCGCGUAUACCUAAAGCACAUAGACCUCUUAAUGGAAUUGCGCAUGAUAUCGAAUGGCUUCUUCGACGUUCUUGUGUUUGAGCGGCAGCCCAUUUCUCAAUCAGCGCGGUUUCUUGCCGCCGGAUGUUCCGGAUUUUAGAAUGCAGAAGUUUGACUGACCAUUUAGUAGCAUUGAGGGCGUCGCUGUUCUACGCAGUCAGGCCAUACGUCAUGAAUAAAACUUGUUCACACAUUGUUUAGCUUAUAAGUGGAGCGCGAAGACCCCUUAAUGGAACCGGGCAUGGUAUUGAACGGCGUCUUUUCUUUAGGUUACUUGGUGUGCGUACAUCAUUUUCGGGCCCAUAUAAGGCAGGCUCAUGCUGCAGGUUAUGUAGCGGGUAAAGCGGGUAAAUAGCGGGUAAGCUCUGAAUAGCGGGUAAAGAAAGGCAGAGAGAAGCGUUUCAUAAAAAUAAGAUCCAAAAUCCGAGGUGCUCCGGCGACGCGGGAGGGCAACGCGUUCACGCAGCACCAAACAAUUUUCUUCGUGUAAGAUGGCUCAGAAAUACGCAGAAAGUUUGCCUAGUAUCCUGAAAGAACUCAACCUGCCAGAACGUUGACAUAUUCAGGAUAAGCAGGUAUUGAAUAACUGAAUAAAAGAAAUAAAUAUAUGGGAGCAUUUUGGUGCGUGGCUUCCUGCCAAAUCUUCAAGGCUGUCAGUGAAUUAGGCUUCAUUCUUUUGCAAAAAAAUAUUUAAUCAGGUCCUCGAAAGCCUUGUACUGCUGCUUCUGAGAAGUAAUGAAUACCGAGGAAAUUCGUGUUCCGUGUUGACGUACAUUAAGGCAAUAAACAGGAGACGAGAAAUAAACAUUGCCGAAAAUCGCCGAAGCUUUCAAUAUUCACAAUUCCGUUGGCACAUGCGUUGCCACGCCGUCUGUGAUAGUGAUUGACUGCUUGGCCGCAGGACUUUGUGCGAUGCCACAUAACCGCGUUUCUGUCAGUAAACCUCAGUAGUUAGUCUGCGCCCGUGUCGUCUUUACUGCGCUAUUCAUCGUCAGUAAGCUUCUCAGUGUACUGAAAGAGCUUUACGUCACUCCCAGUAUACAUUUCGCCAAAAUAGAGUGAUUGUUAAGCGUAAGGCAUGACGAAACUUCUCUUGCUUCAAAUGGUAUCUCCAAAAUAUUACUGCAUACUACUCGCUUUUCUCCAUAUUCAUCGCUCAUACGAGACGUCCGCAGUGUCGUCGGUGAACUAAGUUACCUACCAUGUAGUUCGAGCAAAGACGGAGCGG